AUGGAGUCCAACCUGAACGGCCAGCGCCCUUCAGGAGUCAGGGGUGAUGCAACGAACCGCAUUCAUUUCUCCAACGGGAGUUACUCCCACAGGGCCUGUCGGUUGCUAGGCAACGGCGCGACCCGCGCUGGCGCUGCACAGCAGAGACUCAGCCCCGGGCCGGCCGGGCCGGGUCGCGGUGGCUGGCGUCGAAGAAGGGGCUGCCGCCCGCCGGUGGUGGCCGGCUUCGGGAAAGAGGGAACAGUGCCCUCCAGACCGCACACGCGCUUCCAGAUAUUAGAAGAGGUACGGGAAGAAGUGGAUGCUAGGAGAAAACACUGGAAGGAGCAUAUGUUUACUCCUUUUUUUAGUGCACAAGAUGUUCUAGAAAUGGCUUCUCAGCCUGAAUCUUCUGAACAAACCCAAACUACUGUAGAGGUGACCAAGAGAACAGAAGGAAUUUACAAUAUGUCUGGCCGAAACUUUCAGGAAGAAAAUGCAUUUAAGAAGAAGGAAUAUAUUUCCCAACGCAAUGACAAAGAACAAGAACCAAAUUUAAGAGAGAGAAAGAUGAACAUGGCAAAGAGUCAAGUGGACACAACCAAUUCUGUCUCCUGCCAAUCUUCUGUUGUGGAUAUUGCAACAGAAGCAAGCUUUAACAGCACAGAAGAGCCCUCUACCUGGAAUACAAAGAAAUCACCAAGUCCACCACCACCGGACAAGAGGAAGAAAUUUACCGAAGGAAUGUCUCCAAAAGUUCGCCUGAAUAUUUUGAAUGAAGAACUAGAAGAACUUAAUAUGAAAUGCCGAAAGAUAGAAGAAGAAUUUGAAAGUGCUGAGAAGGAGCUUUUGAACUCCAAAAAGGAAGUACCCACAAAACCCCUAAAUUUCCAAGAAAAAGGGAAGGAUACUUCAAAGAGCGACUGGAAAAUGCAAGCGUUGAGAAAUGACCUAUCUGAAAAAUCAAGAAACGUAAAAUCCUUAACUGACGAGCUCCAGCAAGCCAAAGAAGUCAUCCAGAAGUUGGACCAAGAAAACAAAGACUUAAAAGACGCAGUUAGGAAGUUGAAACAUCAGACGGAGGUUGGAAAUACACUCCUAAAAGAAGAAAUGAAAUUGUAUUAUGAAGUAGAAAUAAAGAAGAUCCGCGGAGAGCUCAAUGCCAUCAAGAAUGAACUAAGAGCUGAGAAGUCCCUACAGGCGAGAAAUAACAGAGCCCUGGAAUUGCUUAGGAAACACUUCGCUUCAGUGGUAACGACAUCAAGUGCCUUUGACCCCUUUAGUGGGGAUUUUUUUUAA